AUGUUUUUUAAUGUUGGUUACUAUCUUUGUGAUCAAGCUAUUCCUAAAAAUGGAGUUACAUCAUUUGCAUUCAAAAUCAUUUAAUUAAGUAAUUAUUGUUAUAUUGGUAUUGGAAUGAGAGAAAUAAUCUAAAAAAUAAUAAUGGUGGAAAUACUGGUAUUGGCUAUGGGUAUUAAGUUAUUUUAUGCUAUUAGAUCCUAUAAAAUAAAUUAAGAUAAAAGUUGUUAUUCACACUAUGAAAAAGAUAAAAAUGGUAAAUAAAUAUCAUUUGAUUUCACAAUUAAUGAUAUCGUAAUUUUAGAAGUUGACAUUUAUAACAGAUAUGUAAAAUGGACCAAAGCCAACACAAAACAAUCAUUCAUAAUUAUUCUAAUUCUAUUCCAUAAUAGAAUCUUUAAAUAGAUACAACUUAUGA